AUGAGCCUAUGUGGCAGGAAGGUGCUGACGUUGGUGAGCAGUGUGUUCGCUGUUUGCUCCCUGGGCCUGCUGGGGAUCGCCGUGACCACCGACUACUGGCUGUACCUGGAGGAGGGCGUCAUUCUCCCCCUCAACCAGAGCACCGAGGUACGCAUGUCCCUGCACUCUGGUCUCUGGAGGGUUUGCUUCCUGGUUGAUUCCCAACUCUCCAGACAAGUGUUGUCCCAGAAUAAACCAGGGGAGGAGAAAGGUCGAUGUUUUACCAUCGAGUAUGUGAUGCCCACUAAUCUCCAGAUGACAUCCGAGUCCACUGUUAGUGUUCUCAAGAUGAUCCGCUCGGCCACACCUUUCCCUCUGGUCAGCCUCUUCUUCAUGUUCAUCGGGUUUGUGCUCAGCAACAUUGGCCACAUCCGACCUCAUCGCACCAUCUUGGCCUUUGUUUCUGGAAUCUUCUUCAUCCUGUCAGGUCUGUCUCUGGUCGUUGGUCUGGUCCUGUACAUCUCCAACAUUAAUGACGAGAUGUUGAACAGGACCAAAACCAACGAUGCCUACUUCAGCUACAAGUACGGCUGGUCGUUCGCCUUUGCCGCCAUCUGCUUCCUGCUCACUGAGGCGGCCGGUGUCAUGUCGGUCUAUCUGUUCAUGAAGCGCUACACAGCGGAGGAGAUGUACCGGCCCCAUCAGGGCUUCUACCGGCCCCGACUCAGCAACUGCUCCGAUUACUCCGGCCAGUUCCUCCACCCAGACGCCUGGGCCGGUCGAGGCCGCAGUGCCUCCUCCAUCUCCUCCGACGCCUCCGUCCAGAUGAACGCCUCCAACUACCCUGUCCUCCUCAAGUGUCCGGACUACGAACAAAUGUCCUCCUCACCAUGCUGA